AUGGCCGAUACAGGAGCAGCUGCGGCUCCCAAGCCCAGCAGCAGCGUGAAGCUGGUUCUGCUUGGCGAGGCUGCCGUCGGAAAAUCGUCGCUGGUCAUGCGCUUCGUCAACAAUGACUUUCAAGAGAACAAGGAGCCCACCAUAGGAGCCGCUUUCUUGACCCAAAAAUGCAACCUCCCCACCCGCACCAUCAAGUUCGAGAUCUGGGAUACCGCCGGCCAAGAACGCUUCGCCAGUCUUGCGCCCAUGUACUACCGUAACGCCCAAGCCGCCCUCGUCGUCUACGACAUCACCAAAGCCUCCAGCCUGACCAAGGCCCAGCACUGGGUUGCCGAACUCCAGCGCCAGGCCAGCCCCGGGAUCGUCAUCGCCCUCGUCGGAAACAAGGCGGAUCUGGUGGAGGCCGACAGCGGGGAUGCGGAUGCGGAGGAGAUUUCUUCUCCCACCGCUCCGGAAGCCCCGGCUGAUUCUGCAGAGGCCGCCGGUGCGGAGGGCGCCGCGGAGGGCGAGGCUGGCGCCGAAGGCGGUGCCGAGGCGGCCGCCCCUGCCGCCGAGCCCGCGGCGGAGGACGACGACAACGACAGCGACGCGCGCAAGGUCGCCACCAAGACGGCCAAGGCCUACGCCGACGAGGAGAGCCUGCUCUUCUUCGAGACGUCGGCGAAGACGGGCCAGAACGUGGCCGAGGUCUUCACCGCCAUCGCCAACGCCAUCCCGGAAACCAGCCUGAAGGGCCCGCGCGGCGUCGGCGGCCAGUCCAGCUUGAACAGGGGAGACGAUGCGCGGGUGAACUUGACCAACGCGCGGGAUGCCCAGGGCCCCAAUCAGGGAUGCGCUUGCUGA